ACACAUGGCGACAAAGAAAAUGGGCGCCGGUUUUGGGACAAAAUAGCUCAAGCAACUCUAGUCCAAGCCAGUCCGCAGGGAUGACCAGCAAAGGAUAUAAAAAGGGUCGUUCCUCCUCAUCAUUCGCAUCCCUGCAAAACAUCUCGGAAGACUCAAUCGCAACAAAACUUCAGCUACAGACCCAGCAUGUUGAUUCUUAAAACAUCCCUCAUCAUGGCCCCUCUUGGCGUGCUUCAAGCAGUCAGGGCUUGGGAUGGUACAGAUUUUUAUUGUUCCGAGGAUGGCAUCAAUGCCGAAAAGUUCCAAGGGGAAGACCUUUACAAGGUCGCCAAUAUGCAUUGGCAAAUUAGUCUUUAUGAGAUCAGCAAAAAUGAUGGAGAUACUCAAGCUGAUAUCGAUUUCAAAUUUCAAGGUCAGAUGAAGAGGGGAAGGCUCAUUUGUUUCCCAAUAAAAGCCCCCGCUUGGGUUAGCGGCCGCAAACUGCUCUCCAGCGACUGUACUGUCGAGACUACGGGCUCAGGAAAACACACCAAAUUGGCCACGGGACCAGGGGGAAGUGGCUCAUGCACAGAAUUGUAAAUGCCCUACAAGUGAGCCCGAGGCACAGCGACACUUCGUGCCUUGGCCACACCUGCAGCAUGUGCUUUUAUCCUUCUCUUCAAGCAUUUGCGCAAUAACCGAUCGAAAGCAACAGAUUCAACAUAUGCUUUCACCAUGGCUGUUCAACCUUCCUUGGCUCUUACUUCUCUUCAAACAUCAGCUUGCUCAUGCUAGAAACGAUUAGUUGCUCAUAGCAAUCACU